UAGUUAUUCAUUUUAAUAUAAGCUUUUUAAAAGUCAUCUAUUGAAAUUAAUGAAUCUCUUUUUUAUUGUUUUCGAUAAUUGUCAUUGAUUCAGUCAGUGAGUUACAACGUAGGACUAAACAUAUAUACCCCUUCUAACAACCAGAUCAACAAUUUUCAUAGGUACGUGGAAAGUCCGGACAGUGUGAUAGACCUGGUGGACCAGCCAAACAGCAACGGAAAUCAGGAGACACAACUUGGCAGUACUCAGAAUCAGCAAAACCCAUAGGACACAAGCUGGACAGCAAAGGCUAAAUGCGGUAGAGAUGCUGCUGUACUCCGUUCACGAAUAGGAAAAUGCUCCACACACUCAGGCAGUUGCUCUGAUACUGUCCGGAGAAACACGUAAUUCACUCAUAGAAUGGGAAUCUCACGGAUCCAGGAUCAUCAUAGGAUCCUUCAGAACAGAGAAGCAGGGAAUCACAACGAAUGUUAUCCAAUGUUAUGCACACACCAAUGUUAACAACGACGACAAUAAAGAUCAGUUUUACGAAAGGCCGCAAUCAAUCAUAACGAAGUGCCCAAGAAGCGAUCUGACCAUCCUGAUGGGAGAUCUAAACUCCAAAACCGGAAUGGACACUACCGAAUAUGUGGAUAUCAUGGAACGACAUCGAGUGGGAGAAAAGAAUGAAAAUGACGACGGAUUUUCAAAUUUAUGUGUAUUCAACAAAUCGGUUAUAUGUGGUACAAUAUUCCUCCACGAACGCAUACACAAAGAUAACUGGGUCUCAACGGAUCACACUACACUGAACCACAUUGAUCAUAUUCACAUCAAUAAGAUUUCCAGAAUGUCAAUGGAAGACGUGAGAAACAGGAGAGAAGCUGACAUAGCUUCAGAUAACCAACAAUUGGUGGUUGUCGAUAUGAAACUGAUACUAAACAAACACUGGACAACUAAAGAAACAGCAUUGCAAAGGUUCAACACAGUCUCCCAUUCAUAUACUGACAAACUCAUCGAAUUCAAGAUAAAUCUCAACAACAGAUUCCAAUUCAUACAAGAUCUGCUGAAGGAAGAGAGAAAAGCUAUUAUGGAGGACAACUGGAAGGAAAUCAAAGAAGCACUGACUUCAAUGUGUCAGGAGGUUCUAGGCUGCACGAAGCAUCGUCAUAAGGAAUGGACCAUCAUGGAAAACCUAGACAGCAUUCAAGAAAGGAAGAACAAAAAGAAAACAAUGCGCAACAGUGGAACAAGAACAGAGAAACUGAAGGCACAAGCCGAAUACACUGAAGCAGACAAGUAAGUGAAGAGAAGCAUUCGAGCUGACAAGUAGAAGUACAUGGGAGAGCAAGCAAUGACAGCGGAAAAUACUGCAAGAGAAGGAAAUAUGAAAGAACUAUGUCAGACAGCGAAGAAACCAUCAGGGAAAUAUAGUAAACCAGAGAGACCGGUCAGGGACAAAGAAGGCAUAUCAAUCACUGAAAUUCAAGAACAAAGUGACAGAUGGGUAGAACACUUCGAAAAACUCUUGAAUCCAACAGCUCCAUUGAACACACUCGACAUCGAAGCAGUACAAACAUACCUUCCAAUAUAUAUUUCACUCACCCAACAAUCGAAUAAAUCAGGAUGGUUAUAAUUAUAUAUAUAUAAUUACAUAUCAGUGAUAGACGGCAUUCAGUGCAUGGUAAUUUCAACUUGUGUACCGUUCAUUAUUAUAAUGUAAUGGAUAACUGACCUAAUAUUUUUUUUUAAUAGUUAAGCAUUCACCUUGUUACUUAUAAAUUUAUAGGUUAUAUCUCUGAUAAGUUCAUGAAUACUUAUUGCUGAAUUAUCUCAUAUUACAAUAAAAUAUCUAUAUAAUACUUGUUGAUUUACAACAUUAACUUAACGGAUACAAAUCUAUACUAAAUAUAAGUGAUAUAUUAAAUUCAUCUUAACCUAAAUCAUUUAAUUAACUUAAAAUUGUUUUAUUUAGGGUCAUGUUUUUUUUUAAUAUUUUAUUCCUAUUGAUUGAUGAAUAAAUUUCAAGAUCAUUAUUUAAUAAUAUUGAAUAUGUAAUUUAUCAAAAUAAAUUAUGAUCAUGUUUAGAAAAAUAUAAUUCAUUUUAACUUAUUAAAUAAUCUUACAAACGUCAUUUAAAAGGAGAAAAAAAACAUUUUUUUUAUUUAUCAUUGCUGUAUCCAUAGCUAAUAUCAUGUUACAGACAGUUUCAAAUUGAUGAAAAAUGAAAUAUUGAAUUACACUAUAAAUUGUUCAUUUAUAAAAAUAGAUUUUUAAAAUGUUUAUAAAAAAGAACAUUGAGGAAUUUUUAUAAAUAAAUACAAACUAUUCAUCUGGUUACAUCAAUGUAGAAUACAACAAAACAAAAACAAACGAACAAAACAAACAACAGAAUAUAAAAAUAAGAACUAUUAUGAUUGAUUUAAAUAAAGUAAAUUGUACUGAACUUACUUACUUACUUACAUCCAACUUGUCCUAUCCAUUUCCAUCGUCUUU